AUGUCAGCGCUAUUUAUUUUUACACCUCUUAAUGGCACGUUUUCGCCGAAGAAGGUACAGCUGGAACCGUCUCAAUCAGUGAAAGUUGGAAGAAGAACAAAUGAGUACUCUACACCGCAAACUAAUAAUCUUUUUUUUGACUCAAAAGUACUCAGUCGGCACCAUGCUAAAAUAUGGUUCGACAAGAAUACUAUGGGCGUUUACGUUCGAGAUGUCAAAUCUUCAAACGGUACCUUUUUGAAUGGAACACGUUUAUCUGCAGAGAAUCGUUCUUCGGCUCCGUACCGUCUCAAUUCUGGCGACAUUUUGGAUUUUGGUGUUGACAUCUGCAAUGACGAUAGUAUUGUGCAUAAAAAUGUAUCGGGAAAGGUGCAAAUUAUAAUCAGGGACCCAACGAAAACGAGUGAUUCUACUCGCCUCUUGUCUGAAUCACUGAAGGUAGACACACUACUUGUGCAAUUGGCACGACACUAUGAACAGUUUGUUUGUUUGAACGAGGAAUUCGAGGGAUUGGAUAAAAGCAUGAAAGGUCUUUUGGAACGCAUCGACUCCCCAUUAGUCGAGCCUGCUCAGAAACAAAUUGCUGACGAUUCAAAUAAAAUAAUAAACGAAGAAGAAAGCAAGCGAAACGACCAGAAAGACUCUGUCUUCUCCGUUCAUUCAAAGAAAACGCCAAUUGAAUGCGUGGCAGAAGUGUUAGAAUGUCCAAUUGGCAAGCAAGAUUUUGAACAACAGGAUACCGACUGUAAUGCACUCAUCAUUGCUCAAAAAACACACACGGAAACUGUGGAACGUGUUAAUACGGCAGAAGAUGUCGAUGCUAAUAAGCUGGAAUACUGGAAGAGCCGAGCUUUUUCUGCAGAAUCAAAAUUACACAAUUUCCAAACACAUGCAACUGCCAAUCGAUACUUAUGGUAUGCCUCUCCGGCACUUUUGGCUGCCGUCGGUGUGUUCUUGUGCAUGAAAGCAAGAUAA